AUGCCGGAGGAGGAAGAACGAGCAAAAUUAGCCAAAGUCAUCAGACAGUGGAACGACAACAGACUGGACUUGUUUGAAAUAAGCCAACCUGAUGAGAACUUGGAGUUUCAUGGUGUGAUGCGCUUCUACUUUGAGGAUCAUGUUGGAGGAAAUGUGGCCACAAAGUGCCUGCGUGUUGGUAGCGCCUCUUCAACUCAUGAAGUUAUCGGAACUCUUUCAGAGAAAUUCAGGCCUGAUAUGAAAAUGCUGACCACUAGUUAUUCCUUGUAUGAGAUCCACGCCAACAAAGAAAGGAAACUGGAUCUGGAUGAGAGGCCUUUGGUUGUACAAUUAAACUGGACCACAGACAACAGAGACGGACGUUUUGUGCUCAAGAAAGACAAGGAGAGUGUGGAGGAAAACUGUCACGAGAAGGAAAGAGGAGGCAUGAUCCAAACCUUUAAGAGAACAUUGUCAAGAAAAGAAAAGAAGAAAGAGAAGAACAAAACUAAAGCAACUGGCAAGGUUUCAGAGGAAGGCAAUGGGUCAACUGAAAAGCCACUGAGCAACAACAGCAUGUCUCACCAUGAGACAAAAAAGCAAUGCACAGAAAGCAAAAAGCAACAGAGGCAGGCUGCCCAAGAAGAAAAGCACACAGGAAGUCUGUAUCCUGAUUCUACUGACCAACCUGGAUUACCAAUUGGAAUUAAAUUCUGUGAUAACUCUAAGGAAGCCUUCCUGUCUGCAGUCAUAAAUUACACCAACAGCUCCACAGUUCAUUUCAAGCUCUCACCUGCAUACAUCCUCUAUGCUGUGGGGCGCUUUGCUCUGCAAUGCCACUACAAGCGAGGCUCUCCACCUUCUGGGCAGUCACACAAUGUAACCUCGAUUGCGAACAAAAUGGUGGCCAUGACAGGGAAGGUCAUCCAGAGGCAGCAGGCCAUCGCGGGCGCUCUCGCCUUCUGGAUGGCCAACUCCUCUGAGCUUCUGAACUUUCUCAAGCAUGACAAAGACCUCAGCCCACUCACACAGCAAAGUCAGCUCGAUCUGUCCCACCUGGUGCACAAAGCUUACAGUUGCCUACUACAGUGUCUACAGAAUGAGUUAAGGAAGCACUUGCCAACUUUCUUGAUUGAUCCUGAGCAACAUGGCCCAUUGCCAGCUGGUAUAGAGAUGGUGCUGAACACCUUGAUGAACGCCAUGUUUCUUUUACGCCGCUGUCGGGUCAACCCCGCCCUCACCAUCCAGCUCUUCUCCCAACUCUUCCAUUUCAUCAGUGCCUGGCUUUUCAACCAGCUGAUGUGCCCAGAGGCCAACACUCCAGGUUUGCGCUCCCACUACUGGGGAGCUGCUCUCCGCCAGAGGCUCAUGGCCAUCGAAGCCUGGGCGGAGAGACAGGGCCUGGAGCUGGCUGCUGACUGCCACCUCGGACACAUUAUCCAGGCAACCAUGCUCCUGACCAUGAAUAAGUACUCAAUGAAAGAUGCGAAGGACAUCCAGAAUACCUGUUUCAAGUUGAACUCACUGCAGCUGCAGGCGUUGCUAGCUGGCUACCUCUAUGCAAGCAAUGAGCCUCACAUCCCCCCUGAUUUGAUCGAUGUUGUAGUGACGGCUGCGGAGGCCUGUGCAGAUAACCUGAUUCGGAGCGAAGGACGGGACAUCCAGCUGGAGGAGAGCCUCGACCUCCACCUGCCCUUCCUGCUGCCGGAGGGAGGAUACUCCUGUGACUCUGUGAGAGGAAUCCCUCCAGGGUUUAGGGAAUUUUUAGAGCCAAUUUGCAGAAAAGGUCUCUGCUCUUUAACAUCCCAGCUGAACUCUAAAGGUGACUGGACCGUGCACUUCAGUAAACCGACUUCUUCUGCCGAGAGCACAGACUUGGCAGCACACAGAGAGCCAGAGACUGUAACUAUCACACUGAACAAACCCCUGAACAGUGGGAUGGGGGUCAGCAUUGUGGCUGCCAAGGCAGCAGGGCGAGGUAACCUUGGGAUUUAUAUCAAAUCUAUUGUCAAGGGAGGACCAGCUGAAAUGAACGGCAGGUUAACAGCUGGGGAUCAGCUGCUGAGUGUGGAUGGUCAAAGCCUGGUUGGCCUCAGCCAAGAAAGGGCAGCAGCUAUCAUGAUGCAAACCGGCCCUGUUGUGACCUUGCAGGUUGCAAAGUUUGGAGCGAGCUACCAUGGCCUGGGGGCUCUGCUGAGCGAGCCGACCUUAGAGCGGAUUAAAGACGGUAAAGCGCUCACGCUGUACGGUGUCGUGGAUCCGGGCCCCUCGGAACAUUUCCAUGGAAGCAGCAAAAGGAAGAAAGAGCAGUUAAUGCAGAGAAACAGGCAACUUUAUCGCUCCAACCCCAACAUGACCACAGAUUUUGGGCCCGAGGAUGGAGCUGAACCUGCUGACCCUGUUCUGAGAGGGAACAACAUGACCGCUGUCUCUAGUAUCAACCUCUGUGCUGAUACAUUUCACAGGGAAUACUUGACUCUUCCUACCCCUAAAUCCCAAGACAAGAACCUGUGUGAAUUCAGUCGACCACAGCAAACAUUCAAGGUGUCUUUGAGGCCUUUAGACGGACAGAGUUCCAGUAAGAAGACCUUAAUGCGCCAAGCUCUGUCACAGGAGAACUUGUGCAUGGACAGUGGAGGCCCCCUGCUGGACAAACGGCAGAAUUUUUGGGAGCAGAGGGACCAGCAUGCAAAGCAAACCAUGAGCCACUAUUCAUCCUUCCCGAUUCGCUCAAGUGUUUCUACUCAUGACAUCCUCUCAGAAAACUGUCCUCUUACAAAGCGACAGCAGAGCAGCCAUACAAGUGGCGCCGGCAUGUGGAGAACUCCUUUUUCACAACACCCAGCACCUACACCUUCGAUCCAGCCAAUACGCAUCGACAUCCCUGUAACCAGAGCGGUGAACACACACACAAAUCCUCCACUCACCACCUUCCACAGUUCAUCUUUGCUUGUAGUGAAGAAAAGUAAAGUAAAUGGAACUAAAGAGAGUCCUCAGAACCAAGCUAAUCAUAUUUACGCAUGCCCCCUUCCUGCAACCAAGAAGCUGCCUCAGCCCCCACUUCCAUCACAGCAGCAAAGAUCCACCACACACAGGGACCAGGCAACAAAAUCCCAAGUAAGCACCACCCCAACAAAACAUGUCUCCUUCCAAGAACCUCCAACUCAACAAAGGCAGGGCUCAGUUCCCUCAAAGCAAAAAGACCCUCAGGAGCUGGGUGAUCCGUGGAGGAGGGAGGCCCAGGAGAAGCUGGAGAAACAGCAGAGGCUUCAUGUAGUGGAGCUCCUGGAGCAGGAGGUGCAGGAGCUCCAGGCCAAAGCGAAGCGCACGGUGGAGGAGAGCGACCGGCUGCGCAAGCUCAGCCUGGAGUGGCAGUUUCAGAGGAGGCUGCAGGAGAUUCAGCAGAGAGGAGAGGAUGACGAUGAGGAGGAAGAUGAAGAUCUGGACAUGAUGCUGACGAUACAGCAGCUGGAGACAAGAACACAGAAGAGAAGCUCUGCUGGGAACAUCAAGACUGAACUGAAGGAGCCAGACAAGCAGGCUGGAACUCAUCUCUCCCAGAAGGAAGACGAAGCAAAGACAGAUCAGAGAUCGAGUGGAAGGAGUCAAGACAACGGAGCUUUGAAAACAAACCAGGAGGAGAAAAUCAAGAGAGCGUCGGCGCCUGAAAAGCUCACAUUCAAGGAGCGUCAGCGUCUCUUUUCCCUGGCGUCCAGUGCAUGA